GCGGGAGCGAACUCAGUUUGAAUCAGCAGCUCGAGCCGCGAACACCCCGACGCCCCGACACGGUGAGUCCCGCAGGUAGAGCGCUCACCUGGUGUAUACGUGUGGUGCGCGUGUGGCUGUCCAGACCCGGCGGCGGCGCGUCUCCUUUCCGCUUUAAAAUAAACGCCAACCGUCAAGAAUUGAACGCACCAUUUGUUGUCGUCGCACCCAUGGCCUCCCAGAACAUGGACCCCGCAGCGGCCGCAGCCUCGUCCACGGCCGCGCUGAAGGGCAGCGAGAGCGGCGGCAGCGCGGCCAGAAGCUCGGUGUCCAAACGGCUGCAGCAGGAACUCAUGACUCUGAUGAUGUCGGGCGAUAAGGGGAUCUCGGCGUUUCCAGAAUCGGACAAUCUCUUCAAAUGGAUCGGGACCAUCGACGGCGCUAAUGGGACGGUGUACGAGGGUCUCCGGUACCGGUUGUCUCUGGAGUUUCCUGCCGGUUACCCGUAUCAGGCGCCGCGUGUGAAGUUCGUCACGUCCUGUUUUCAUCCCAACGUGGACGGACAAGGUUUCAUCUGCCUCGACAUCCUGAAGGACAAGUGGUCAGCGCUCUACGACGUUCGCUCCAUCCUGCUGUCCAUCCAGAGCCUGUUGGGAGAACCGAACAACGAGAGUCCGUUGAACACAACCGCCGCUGAACUCUGGGACGACCAAGAAGCCUUUAAAAAUCAUCUACAUUCGACCUUCAAGAAUUGAAGCAGCUCCACGUUUUAGUCUUCUUCUUCUUCUUCUUCUUCUUGUUCUGUCCAUUUGCCUUCUGUGUUUGUAAAAUAUUUUUAUGUUUGUCCACCUUGCUGUAUCAAUAAAGUUCUUAAUUCAACACA